GAAGCAUGAUAAACAUUUUAUCCAGUGAGGAGAAUGUUUGUGUCCUACAUCCAGAAUGGCAUGUUCCCCUGUGUUUAUUUAGAUCUGAAUGAAACCGUAAUUUGUACCAACGACCAGAUUGAAGUGAUCAUCCCCAGUGCCUUCUUCCUCAGCAAAGUGCCUCCUGUUUAUGUUUGGGAUUUACACCUGAAUGAUCUAGAAUGCCGGGGUGUGCAGAUCGGUGACAACUACGUCUUCAGUAUCAAGACAAACCUCACGGACUGUGGAACACUCACCGUCUCGGAUGACACAAACAUCAUGUUCAUUAACACUAUACACAACAACAAUUCAGACAUUAUCACCAGGAGUUACGUCAACAUCACCUUUGGGUGCCGUUACCCAAUCAACUACAUGGUCCAGCAGCCCAAUGGUGAGAACAUGAUCAGAGUGGACGUCAGGACAAUUACACUGAACACGGAGAACGGGAACUUCUCUGUGGCCAUGCUGCUGUAUAAAGACCAGGACUUCCAGGAGAAAUGGACUACAGUGCCCUCCCUUGGACUUGAUGACAAUAUCUAUGUCAAAGUAUUCAUGAUACCAGCUCAUCUGACGCUGCGUCUUGAAAGGUCCUGGGCCACGCCAAACAGUGACCCCUACAGCAACAUACAGUACUCAUUCAUCCAGGAGAGUUGCCCUGUACCAGGAAGUGCAUCUACCCUGGAGGUGCUGAGGAAUGGUCAGGGACCAGAGGCCAUGUUCAGGAUCCAAAUGUUCAAGUUCGUGGGCAGCUCCUACACCGAUGUCUUCCUCCACUGCAACGUCCAGAUCUGCCCCAGUUCUGCAGGGGUCUGCCAGCCAAACUGCUCUGGAGAGGACACAUUAAGCAGAACACGCAGAGAUGUCACCAUGUCUCAUACAGUGUCUUACGGACCAAUCAGAAGACAGCUAGCCAACGGUGGCCACAAUGACCUGAAUAACAAGACCGGUAUCUCUGUGGAGAGUGUGGUGCUUGGAAGCACACUGUUGGUGUUGCUACUGGUAACAGGAGUUUUUGUUAGGCUCUGGCUCCGCAGUAGGGGCUCAUACCCUCCCAAUGAUGCCCAGCUCACCCUCUCCAACAUACACCACCUAUCAGAGGUGGCUUCAUGAAGCAGCACACAUUCACAGAUUUCAGUGUACAUACUGGUGUAGAGGGUCAUGAUGACAAGUAGCCUACAGAUAGACAAGGUGAAACAAGUGAAAUAGAAAAAUAUUUUGGUUUAUUUUAAACUUUUUGUACAGUUUUAUGUGUGCUAACUUCUUCGGAGUUUCAGAAAAAAUAAAAUCCAGAUUCUACAUCAACAUCCCACAUAUAGCCAAUUGAUUUAAAUUCGUGAUUUCAUAGAGCAUCAUACCUGAGGCACAAUACCAUUGGGCUGUAAUAAAGUUAUUUGACAUGACAUUGGUUGAUUUGUGUUAUUUGUUUUAUUCAUUAGACUCUUGAAUAUGAUAAGUCUUGUACUCCGUUAGAUCUUUCACUGGAUGUAGGCUACUGAAUUGCAAUACAGUGGCAACGGAGUUAUUCCAAAAUUCUGAAUGAGUUUACAUUUAAGUGUGGUACCACUAGCGUAUUUCUAGAGUUUCAUGGCUUUCAAGGGUGUCCUAAGGCUUAAGUUUUACACGUCCAGAAAUAAUCUUAGAAUCCUAGGUCAAAAAAAUAUUACCACCAUAUUUACACAGCUCCGAUCUAUAUUACAGAUGCUACAGCUGUAAUUUUCCAUUUCC